CGCGGCUGAGGCGAGGCGAGGCGAGGAGGGGACGGGCGAUGCUCCGCCACCGCGGCGGCUCCGCUCACGGGCGGCCCUAGGAGCGGCGGUGGCGCGCAGAGAGGGACGGCUCUCCGGCCGGCCGGCCGCGACCCCCGCCCGCCGCGAUGGCCAGCGAGGUGGUGUGCGGGCUCACCUUCCGGCUGCUCCUGCCCGUGUGCCUGACUGCCGCCUGUGCUUUCCGUUACAAUGGGCUCUCCUUUGUCUACCUCAUCUACCUCCUGCUCAUUCCUCUGUUUUCAGAACCCACAAAAGCAACGAUGCAAGGGCAUACAGGACGAUUGUUAAAAUCUCUGUGUUUCACCAGUCUAUCAUUUCUGCUGCUGCACAUCAUCUUUCAGAUUACAAUAAACAGUCUUGAAGCUGGAAAAACUAUUGAACCUGGUUUUAACUGUUCAACAUGGGAGAAGACAUUACGGCAGAUUGGUUUUGAAAGUGUGAAAGGAGCAGAUGCUGGGAACGUGAUCAGACUAUUUGUACCAGAUAUUGGGAUGUUCAUUGCUAGUCUGACAAUAUGGCUCAUCUGCCGCAACAUGUUUCAGAAGCCAGUAACCGAGGAUGCAGCACAGUGCAACAUGCAGUUUGAAAAUGAGGAGAUGGCUGUAAGAGAAAAAUUAGAGCCAGAUGAUGCCUUGAUGUAUGAAGAAGAUCUGGAUGAUGAAGACUGUGGAGAAGCAGAAUUUGAGGAGACCAUGAAAUUAAAACUGCUGCGUAGAAUUGCCUUCCUAGCAUCCAAACUGAGGGAGUUUAUUGGCAACAUGAUAAUCACCACUGGAAAAGUUGUUGUUACAAUUUUACUUGGUUCAGCAGGUAUGAUGGUGCCAUCUUUGACCUCAGCUGUGUAUUUCUUUGUGUUUUUGGGCCUGUGCACAUGGUGGUCCUGUUGCCAAGCAUUUGAUCCGCUGAUAUUCAGCUGUCUGUGUGUCUUAAUGGCUAUAUUCAGUGCGGGACACUUGAUUGGACUUUAUCUGUACCAGCUACAGUUCUUUCAGGAGGUUGUUCCACCAAAAGAUUUCUAUGCCAGGUUGUUCGGAGUCACUUCUCUUACUCAGACAAACUGCUCAAGCACUUGGAUGAUCAUCAAAAAUCAAGAGCUACAUUGGUAUCACCACGCUAAUCCAAUCUUACUGCUGGUGAUGUACUACACCCUCGCAACUCUCAUCCGUCUCUGGCUGCAAGAGCCCAUUCAGACGCCUGAUGAAGAGAAAUCUGUCAGCAGGGAAGAUGACAAAGAAGUCCCCUGCAGCCCAAUUCCAAUGACAGCAGAGAGGAGACGCAGUCUGUGGUAUGCAAGCCACUAUACAACUGAUGAGAGAAAACUUCUGUCUAUGACCCAAGAUGAAUACAAGCCAUCGGAUGUGCUGCUGGUAACAGUGAACGGGAACCCUGCUGACUAUCACACCAUCCACCCCGCACUGCCAUUAGAAAAUGGUCCAGCCAAAGCAGAUGUGUACUCCACACCACAGUACAAAUGGGAGCCUUCGGAUGGCACGUCAGAAAAGGAAGAGGAGGAGGAGGAAGAAGAGGAAGUUACUCAGGAGGAAAAAGAAAAUGUUAAAUUGCAUGCCCUGGUCUCUGUGUUUCAAUUUAUCAUGAAGCAAAGCUACAUUUGUGCUCUGAUAGCUAUGAUGGCGUGGAGCAUCACGUAUCACAGCUGGUUGACUUUUGUGUUACUGAUCUGGUCUUGCACACUGUGGAUGAUUCGGGACCGAAGGAAAUACGCCAUGAUCAGUUCACCAUUCAUGGUUUUUUAUGGAAAUUUACUGCUAAUAUUACAGUAUAUAUGGAGUAUUGAGCUCAAGAAUGAUGAACUUCCUCAAGUAUCUGGUUUUUUAAAAAGAAAGGAACCUGGGGAGCUGGCAUCAAAGAUUCUUUUCACAAUUACUUUCUGGCUACUGCUUAGGCAACACCUCACUGAACAGAAAGCACUUCGGCUAAAAGAAGCUACUUUAUCUGAGGUCAAAGUUGGAAGUGAAGAAAAUGAAGAAAAAGAAGAGGAGUCGCAAGAGGGAGAAGUGUCAGAAGAACAGGAAGAGGAGAAGGAAGAGGAGGAGGAGGGAGAGGAGGAGGAUGAACAGGACAUUAUGAAAGUCUUGGGGAAUCUGGUGAUGGCUAUGUUAAUCAAGUACUGGAUUUACGUCUGUGGGGGCAUGUUCUUCUUCGUCAGCUUUGAGGGUACAAUUGUCAUGUACAAAAUCAUCUAUAUGGUACUGUUCCUCUUCUGUGUGGCCCUCUAUCAGGUACACUACGAAUGGUGGAGGAAGAUUUUAAAGUACUUCUGGAUGUCAGUUGUUGUUUACACGAUGCUGGUACUUAUCUUCAUCUACACAUACCAGUUUGAGUCAUUCCCUGGGUUGUGGAAGAACAUGACAGGCCUGGAUGAAAGGAAACUAGAGGACCUUGGCUUAAAACAGUUUUCUGUGGCUGAUCUAUUCACACGCAUCUUUAUCCCCACCUCCUUCCUACUGGUGUGUAUCUUGCACCUUCACUAUUUCCAUGAUCGGUUUCUCCAGAUCACUGAUUUGAAAGCUGUAACCAGCAAACAGGACAACACUAUUUACAGCCAUGCCAAAGUCAAUGGCCGUGUAUAUCUAAUAAUUAAUAGCCUCAAGAAAAAAAUACCAAACCACCAAAAUGAACUGGUGCACCAAGAUGGAAGCCUGCCUGACAUAACUAUGAUGAAUUUAACAGCCAGCAGAGAAAAGGAAGAGGAUAAAAUGCUGGAAGAGGCUGGUGAGAAAAGAACAGAAGAGCCAGAGGGGGAGGGAGGGAAAGGGAGGGUCAAAAAAGGAAAAGAAGAAGAGAAGGAGGAUGAGGGUAAAGAAGAUGAUGAUGAUGAUGACGAUGAAGACAAUGAAUCAGAGGAAGAAGAAACUACAGACUUAAGGAACAAGUGGCAUCUGGUGAUCGACCGCCUUACAGUGCUGUUUUUGAAAUUCCUGGAGUAUUUUCACAAGAUGCAAGUCUUUGUGUGGUGGCUGUUGGAGCUGCACAUCAUCAAAAUUGUUUCAUCUUACAUCAUCUGGGUCACAGUGAAAGAGGUGUCUCUGUUUAACUUUGUGUUUUUAAUUGCCUGGGCUCUUGCUUUGCCAUAUGCUCAGUUUCGCCCACUGGCAUCAAGUAUCUGCACUGUUUGGACAUGUGUGAUUAUUGUCUGCAAAAUGUUGUACCAGCUCACAUCUAUUGAUCCCAAGACUUUUUCCAGUAACUGUACACUGCCAGGAGAGAAUGAAACUAAGGUUGAUUUAGAAGAACUCAAAACCUCAGUGCUCUACAGUGGGCCAGUUGAUCCUGCGGAGUGGGUUGGAUUGAGAAAAUCUAAUCCCCUUCUUGUGUACUUAAGGAACAACUUACUGAUGCUGGCUAUUCUGGCUUUUGAAGUUACAAUCUACCGUCAUCAAGAAUACUAUAGGUGUCGAAAUAACCUCACUGCACCUGUGACUAAAACAAUUUUCCAUGAUAUUACAAGAGCACAUCUGGAUGAUGGACUGGUAAACUGUGUCAAGUAUUUCAUAAACUACUUCUUCUACAAGUUUGGUUUGGAGACCUGCUUUCUUCUAUCAGUGAAUGUAAUUGGUCAGAGGAUGGAUUUUUAUGCAAUGAUUCAUGCCUUCUGGCUGAUUGCUGUGCUGUAUCGACGUAGGAGAAAAGCUAUUGCAGAGAUUUGGCCAAAAUAUUGCUGUUUUCUAGCAUGCAUCAUUACAUUCCAGUACUUCCUUUGCAUUGGCAUCCCACCUGCUCCUUGUAAAGACUAUCCAUGGAGAAGUGGCAAUGCCAACUUCAACUCCAACAUCAUAAAGUGGUUAUACUUUCCAGACUUCAUUGUGAGACCGAACCCUGUCUUCCUUGUGUAUGACUUCAUGCUGCUUCUGUGUGCAUCCUUGCAAAGGCAGACAUUUGAGGAUGAAAAUAAAGCUGCAGUACGAAUCAUGGCUGGAGACAACGUGGAAAUCUGCAUGAAUCUUGAUGCAGCUUCUUUUAGCCAGCAUAACCCUGUUCCUGACUUCAUCCACUGCCGGUCCUACUUAGACAUGUAUAAGGUGAUAAUAUUUAGUUACCUCUUCUGGUUUGUGCUUACCAUAAUCUUCAUCACGGGAACCACAAGGAUCAGCAUAUUCUGUAUGGGCUACUUGGUGGCCUGCUUCUAUUUCCUUCUCUUUGGUGGAGACCUGUUGCUGAAGCCCAUUAGGAGCAUUCUGCGUUACUGGGACUGGCUGAUUGCCUACAAUGUCUUUGUGAUCACCAUGAAGAACAUCCUGUCGAUAGGAGCAUGUGGCUACAUUGAAUCAUUAAUUGAGAAUAGUUGCUGGGUGAUUCAGGCAUUUAGCCUGGCUUGUACAGUUAAAGGCUACCAUGUUCCAACGAGCAAUCUAGAUUGUAAACUGCCCAGUGGAGAAGCAGGAAUCAUUUGGGACAGUAUAUGUUUUGCUUUCCUGCUGCUGCAAAGAAGAGUCUUCAUGAGUUACUACUUCCUCCAUGUGGUUGCAGAUAUAAAAGCUUCACAGAUCCUAGCAUCAAGGGGUGCUGAGCUUUUUCAGGCUACAAUUGUCAAGGCUGUAAAGGCAAGAAUCGAAGAGGAAAAGAAAUCAAUGGAUCAACUGAAAAGACAAAUGGAUCGCAUCAAAGCCCGGCAGCAAAAAUACAAGAAGGGUAAAGAGAGGAUGCUAAGCAUGAACCAGGAGUCCUCAGAGGGGCCAGAGAUUCGGAAGGUUUCUGAAGAAGAUGAUGAAGGAGAUGCAGACAAAGAGAAAGCCAAGGGCAAAAAAAAGCUGUGGUGGCGGCCUUGGGUUGAUCAUGCUUCCAUGGUCAGAAGUGGAAAUUAUUAUUUGUUUGAGACGGAUAGUGAAGAGGAAGAGGAAGAGGAAAAAAAAGAAGAGGAAGAGCCUCGAAAAAAAUCUGCAUUUCAGAGAGCUAUUGGAAAAUUUGCCUCAGCCAUUUUAGCCUUGCCAAAGUCUAUCAUUAAACUACCCAAAACUAUUCUUCAGUAUUUAAUCAAAGCAGCAAAGUUUGUUUAUCAAGCCUGGAUAACUGACCCUAAAACAGCUCUACGACAGAGGCGCAAAGAGAAGAAAAGUUUUGGGAAAGAGAAGCGAAGGCGAAAAGGAUCUGGGGAUGGAGGUGGCAAUGAUGCGGACUGUGAGGACAGCGAAGAGGAACCUGUCAAGAAGAAAUCUGAUGGACCAGAUAACAUCAUCAAGAGGAUAUUUAAUAUCUUGAAGUUUACUUGGGUCCUUUUUCUGGCAACGCUGGACAGUUUUACAGCUUGGCUUAACUCCAUCUCCAGAGAACACAUCGAUAUCUCCACUGUGCUCAGGAUCGAGCGCUGUAUGCUGACCAGGGAGAUUAAGAAGGGAAAUGUUCCAACACGGGAGAGCAUCCAUUUAUAUUACCAGAACCAUAUGAUGAAACUUUCUGAGGAGUCAGGACUGGACUCAAUUGAUAAAAAUCCCAGUCAAGCUUCUGGUUUGCAAGCAUCUGAAAGAAUGGAUAGUUUAGAUUCAGCAGCAUCUCGUGACAGCAUCUCCAGUGAACCUACGCAGGUCACCAUGCUCUAUUCCCGUCAGGGGACCACAGAAACCAUUGAGGAGGUAGAAGGGGAGCAUGAGGAAGAAGGAGCUCAUUCUGCAUCAAGGCUGGGGGAAGAGGAGGUGGAAGAUUAUAGCCUGGAUUCAGAAGGAGCUGCAUAUACUCCAGAUACCGAUGUGCCAUUGUACUCCACGGUUGAUAGCAAUGCAGAAGCUCCUCCUUCCUAUAGCAAAGCUGUCAGCUUUGAACAUCUUCCCUUUGGCUCCCCAGAUGACUCAGCUGGUAAGAGCCUCAUGAUGGUGAGCCCAGACGACAGUCGGACAGACAAACUCGACACGAUUCUCCCCCCACUGACGCACGAGCUAACAGCUAGCGAGCUGCUCCUGAACAAGAUGUUUCGUGAUGAUGAGCUGGAGGAGUCAGAGAAGUUCUACGUUGGUCAGCCUCGAGUCUUGCUCCUUAUUUAUGCCCUGUACAAUACGCUGGUGGCCCGGUCAGAAAUGGUGUGCUAUUUUGUAAUCAUCCUUAACCACAUGAUCUCUGCCUCCAUGAUAACCCUGGUGCUUCCCAUCCUUAUAUUCCUGUGGGCCAUGCUGUCUGUUCCUCGGCCAAGCAAACGCUUCUGGAUGACAGCCAUUGUCUACACUGAGGUGGCCAUUGUCAUCAAAUACUUCUUCCAGUUUGGCUUCUUUCCUUGGAAUAAACAUGUGGAUUACACAAAAGAUAAACCUUACCAUCCACCCAAUAUUAUUGGCAUUGAGAAGAAAGAGGGUUAUGUGCACUAUGAUCUUGUUCAGCUUCUUGCUUUAUUCUUCCAUAGAUCCAUUUUAAAGUGCCAUGGACUGUGGGAUGAAGAUGAGAAAGGAGAUAGCUCCAGUAAUAAAGAGGAUACAGAUGAUGAGCUCUCUCUGACAGGAGGCAGGAGAGACUCUUCUGCCUCUUUGAAAUCUGUCAAUCUUGCUGCAUCAGUGGAGUCCAUCCAUGUCCACUUCCCUGAGCAGCAGACUGCUAUCAGGAGGAAGAGUUCUAGCAGCAUAUCCCAGCUUUCUCACAGGUCCAGCUUCUCCUCACACAGAUCCAAGAGAGGAAGUACCAGUACACGGAACAGCAGUCAGAAGGGAAGCAGUGUUUUAAGCAUCAAACAAAAAUCUAGAAAAGAGCUUCUCAUGGAAAAGUUUCGAGAACAAAUGAUCAAAGCCAAAGCUUUUACAAUUAAAAAGACUCUCCAGGUGUACGUGCCCAUCAGACAGUUUUUCUACAAUCUUAUUCAUCCAGACUACAGCGCAGUGACUGAUGUGUACGUGCUGAUGUUCCUCGCAGAUACAGUGGACUUCAUCAUCAUUGUGUUUGGAUUUUGGGCUUUUGGGAAACACUCUGCUGCAGCAGAUAUCACCUCUUCAUUAUCAGAGGACCAGGUCCCAGAGGCAUUUUUGGUGAUGGUGCUCAUUCAGUUUGGUACCAUGGUGGUAGAUCGAGCACUGUACCUCAAAAAGACUGUCAUGGGAAAAGUCAUCUUCCAGGUCAUCCUUGUUUUUGGAAUACAUUUCUGGAUGUUUUUUAUCUUGCCUGGAGUGACAGAAAGGAAAUUUAGCCAGAACACGGUUGCCCAGCUCUGGUAUUUUGUGAAAUGUGUUUAUUUUGGCUUAUCAGCUUAUCAGAUACGCUGUGGAUAUCCAACUCGUGUUCUUGGCAACUUCCUCACAAAAAGUUACAACUAUGUCAACCUGUUCUUAUUUCAAGGCUUCCGCCUAGUUCCAUUUUUGACUGAGCUGAGAGCAGUAAUGGACUGGGUUUGGACUGAUACCACUCUCAGUCUUUCCAGCUGGAUCUGUGUUGAAGAUAUCUAUGCUCAUAUAUUCAUCCUGAAGUGUUGGCGAGAAUCAGAAAAAAGAUAUCCCCAGCCAAGAGGCCAGAAGAAAAAGAAAGUUGUGAAGUAUGGAAUGGGUGGCAUGAUUAUCGUCUUGCUGAUUUGUAUUGUCUGGUUCCCACUGCUCUUCAUGUCUUUAAUCAAAUCUGUUGCAGGCAUCACCAACAAGCCUCUAGAUGUAUCAAUCACAAUAACUCUAGGAGGCUAUCAGCCUAUUUUUACCAUGAGUGCUCAGCAGAAUCAGCUCAAAAGUUUGGAUGCGAAUGAGUUCAAUGAAUUUCUGAGAAGCUAUACGGGUAACACCGCUGCUUUGCAGUUUCUAGAGGGCUAUGCAAGAGAAGAUAUAACUCGAGCAGAUCUAGAAGGGAAUUCAAACUCUUUAUGGACCAUCAGCCCUCCCAGUAGAAAGAAAAUGAUACAGGGACUUCUAGACUUUGAUGCUGCUUUCACUGUAGUUCUUUCAUGGACCAUUCAGAGAAAUCUCUCCCUUGGUGCCAAAGCUGAAAUAGCAUCAGAUAAACUUACCUUUGCACUAAAAAACCAUACCAGAAGGGCUAUUGCUACAAUGAUGGAGAAACGUCAACCGGAAAAGGUAACAUUAGAGGAAGUGUACCCGUACUACAUCAAGGCUCCUAGUGACUCUCUGGCAAAACCCAUAAAGCAGCUAUUGAGAGACUGCAAGUGGGAAAAUAUUACAGUUUCCCUUGUCAAAAAUGGAUCUGAAGAGGGAGCUCGUGAGUGGUGGGUUUUGAAUCAGCUUGGAAAAAGACAAAAAACGUCUCAGGAGAGUCUUGAACUCUUCAUAUUCAGUGAUAAAGUCAGUCCACCGAGCCUUGGAUUCUUGGCUGGUUAUGGCAUCAUGGGACUAUAUGCCUCAGUUGUCCUGGUGAUAGGGAAGUUCGUCCGUGAAUUUUUCAGUGGGAUCUCUCACUCCAUCAUGUUUGAGGAGCUACCCAAUGUAGACCGAAUCCUGAAGCUGUGUACUGACAUUUUCCUAGUGCGAGAGACAGGAGAACUGGAACUAGAAGAAGACCUGUACGCCAAGCUAAUAUUCCUGUAUCGCUCACCAGAGACCAUGAUCAAGUGGACUAGGGAAAAAACUAAUUGAUUUCUUUGGUGUCACACUGCAAAACAAGUUGGUUCAAUCUGAAUUUUAAAGGAAAAAGAAAAAAAGCACAAUAUUCUCUUAAGAGCUAAGCCUUUUAUAGUUGGGUAGCAAUGAUUUUUCACUGAAGGAAUCCUGGAAGCUACGGCCUUAGGAAUCCAUGCUGCCUUUCAAAUUAAGCAUCAACAGUGAAGAAGGUUGAAUGAUUUGUUGUUUUUAAUGUGCCACUCCUCUACAAUCUGGGGACUGCUUUGUAAUUUAAUCAGCAAAAAGUUUGCAUCUUUGGCUAAUUUAAUUUUCCAGAUGACCAUUACAACUUAGAGAGAAAUGAAAGGAGUGAACCCACAGAUGACUCCAGUGUACCUUCUUAAUCCUUUCUGGAGCCACACAGUUUGGAUUGUGCAAUAUGCUGUUGUACAUCACUGACUUUCAAGCUACAGUAAUGGGACGCUGACGAGCCUUCAGGACACCCAACACCCAGCACCACAGUGGGAACUGAAGACAUUCUAGCCAUACCCAUUUGUAGAAAAGCAGAGGUUUUGAUGUACAAAAGACACUGUGGACAAGCCUCUGUCAACAAAAAGAAAACAAGUAACAAUCUCUUGAAAUGCCUUAUUUUAUUUGUACAGUCACAGGAGACAUUUCCACCAAACAUCAAUGACUUUUCUCAGGAAAAAGAAAAAGCAACUGAAACUUGACACUUCGUCAAGAUUAACUAAUGGCUAGAAUAAUUAUGGUGAAUCACAGGGUGUUCUGCUGGGCCAUUCUCUUCAGAAUUACUGCUUUCCAUUGGAUGAGAAAAGAAAGUGAAUUCAAUGACCUAAUGAGCUACUUCAUUUCUUAUAACCCUUUGAAGACUGAGUAGUGUGUGCUUCUCUCUGCUCCCCAUGACAUGCUUUCUCCCAUUUCAAUGAUUUAAGGCAACUGUUGUUUUGCUGUUAGCUGAUAUUUUUCUUCCAGUGUUUCAGGUAUACGAAAAUGUUUACAUAUUCCAAGUCACAUUUUUACAUCUGAGACGGGUUUUUUUUUAAGUUCCCAAAUAUAGACAUACAUGUGAGCUUGAAAAAUGCCCUUUUAUUUUUAAUUGCUAUUAUUAGUGAAACAAACGGCUCAUUAGAGAACAUUGCAGCAUGAAAAUUUACAAUUGCAAUGUAGAUUUCUUUCCAUGUUAAAAAAAAAAAAAAACCUGAGAAAAAAAAUCAUUGAGUGGGUAGGGUAUAUUAAAAGGAUAUACUUGUAGUUUUGAUUCAGUAAUGACUUAAAAUAAAGCACAUGUUGCAAAGUCAUUUUAGAAGUAUUUUUUCCUCUGCCUUUUUACAUGAAAUGGGAAAAGUUUGACAUUCUUCUAAUUCUGUGACAAAUAAAUCUCUUUCUUGUAGUUAGCUGCUAUUUAUUAUAUGAAUGAUUAGUUAAUCACCAGAAAGAAACUAACAUAAUUUGCUGGCACAUUUUACUGCAGAACUUCAUAAAACAGCACAACUAAAUGAAGUUGAAACAUACUCUGCUGAGUGCUUCCAUGACAAAUGCUGUCACAUCCAUUCUAUACUGUGAAAACUAACAUUUUGAGCACCUUGACGUGCGCAAAAUAAAAAUGGCUUCGUGAUAUUGUAACAAUAAAAUAAUUUGGUGACUGGAACUCACUGGAAGACAACCUGAUUUCCUCUGAAGUAUAAUAAAAAGGUGGCUGCUCAUACAGCCAGGCAGCAUUCCCCCUGGAAAGUUUUUCUCCAUUUCUUCCAUAGGUCCUGUGAAUGAAAAUUGAAAUAUACCAGGCAGCCCUGACACAGCACUCCGGGAUGUUUAAAUGUCCUUUAUAGUUAGAUGGAUCCUCACCUGGGUGUUCAGUGAUUUUAAGGAGACUAACACUGGAAGGAGAAGUGUGAAGGAUGUAGUGUGUUUCUAAAGGUACCAGCCAGCAGAACCAUGCUGGCCACAGUUGGUCCCAGCUCCCUUCCUGGUUCCUUAUCUUUAACAGGCACUUCCUUUCUGGUGAGAAAAAUCUGUCUUCAGAACGAGCUGUACAGUUAUUUGGGCUUUGCAAAAAUGUGCUGCUCUUUCUUUCAUGGAUUGAUCAAACUUUGAAAAUAAAAGGAUUCUUCUGUUGGUU